CUGGGGGAGGCGGCUGCAACCGUGGCUCCGCAGCGGGAGCGCAGAGAAGCCGAGGACCAGCAGGCAGGAUGCCGGCGCUCCACAGCCCGAGACUGUGUUUCCUGUGAGUCCAGAUGUGUGAUCCAGAUGUGCUGCAAUGGUGACAUAAACUGUUGACUGAGACUAGGAGCGUGCCUGAAACUCCAUCCCUCCUCCUAAUUUUUUUUUAAUGGUGCUUCUAUUGGAAUAGUCAACAAAGUGCAUCCAACAUGAGUUUUAUCAUGAAACCUCACAGACACUUUCAAAGAACAUUGAUUCUGCUUGCCACCUUUUGUAUGGUAAGCAUUAUUAUUUCUGCUUACUACCUGUACAGCGGCUACAAACAGGAAAGUGAAGUCGCCGGGCGGGCUUUGGAAGUGGACUGUGGUGACCUCCAGCAUAUACCACCCAGGCUGAUGGAAGUGAGGAGGACAAUGAUUUCUGAUGCUUCCAGGACAGACCCCACAGUCCUGGUGUUUGUGGAGAGCCAGUACUCAUCCCUUGGUCAAGACAUCAUUAUGAUGCUAGAAUCCAUCCGGUUCCAUUAUCACACUGAAAUCGCUCCUGGAAAAGGAGACCUUCCGGCGCUUACGGACAAUGUGAAGGGCAAAUAUGUUCUCAUCAUAUAUGAGAAUAUUCUAAAGUAUAUAAACAUGGACUCUUGGAAUAGAAGCCUUUUAGAUAAAUACUGUAUAGAGUAUGGUGUGGGUAUCAUUGGAUUCCACAAAACCAGUGAGAAAAAUCUACAGAGCUUUCAGUUCAAGGGCUUCCCCUUUUCCAUAAGUGGAAACCUGGCAGUAAAAGAUUGCUGCAUUAAUCCUCACUCCCCACUCCUUCGUGUGACCAAAUCAUCCAAGCUGGACAGAGGUUCUUUACCUGGAACUGACUGGACAGUUUUUCAGAUUAACCACUCCACCUACCAGCCAGUAAUAUUUGCCAAAGUUAAGACGCCAGAAAACCUUUCUCCACCCAUCUCUAAACAUGCAUUUUAUGCCACUAUCAUACACGACCUGGGGCUUCAUGAUGGGAUCCAGCGAGUUCUUUUUGGCAACAACUUGAACUUUUGGCUGCACAAGCUCAUCUUCAUAGACGCCAUCUCCUUCUUGUCGGGGAAGAGGCUGACACUGUCCUUGGACAGGUACAUCCUUGUGGACAUUGAUGACAUCUUUGUGGGGAAGGAGGGCACAAGGAUGAAUGUCAAAGAUGUGAAGGCCCUGCUUGACACUCAGAAUCUUUUGCGCACACAAAUCACAAAUUUUACAUUCAACCUUGGAUUUUCAGGGAAAUUUUAUCACACAGGAACUGAAGAGGAAGAUGAAGGGGAUGACUGUCUGCUGGGGUCUGUGGAUGAGUUCUGGUGGUUUCCUCACAUGUGGAGUCACAUGCAGCCCCACCUCUUCCACAAUGAGUCGUCUUUAAUAGAGCAGAUGAUUCUCAACAAAAAGUUUGCCUUAGAGCACAGCAUCCCUACUGAUAUGGGGUACGCAGUGUCCCCUCACCAUUCAGGUGUCUAUCCUGUCCACGUUCAGCUUUAUGAGGCCUGGAAGAAGGUUUGGAAUAUUAAAAUCACCAGCACUGAAGAAUACCCACAUCUGAAACCAGCUAGAUAUCGGAGAGGCUUCAUCCACAAAAACAUCAUGGUUCUCCCAAGACAAACCUGUGGGCUCUUCACCCAUACAAUUUUCUACAAGGAGUAUCCAGGGGGUCCCAGGGAACUGGACAAGAGUAUUCAUGGAGGGGAGCUCUUCUUCACUGUGGUUCUCAACCCAAUCAGUAUUUUCAUGACCCAUUUGUCUAACUAUGGGAAUGACCGACUGGGAUUAUAUACAUUUGUGAAUCUAGCCAAUUUUGUGCAGACCUGGACCAACCUGCGUCUUCAGACCUUGCCUCCGGCUCAGCUGGCUCACAAGUAUUUUGAGCUCUUUCCUGAUCAGAAAGACCCUCUCUGGCAGAACCCCUGCGAUGACAAACGCCACAGAGACAUUUGGUCUAAAGAGAAAACCUGCGAUCGUUUACCAAAAUUCUUGGUAAUAGGACCCCAGAAAACUGGUACCACUGCCUUGUGUCUGUUCCUGAUUAUGCAUCCUUCCAUCCUUAGUAACUCCCCCAGCCCAAAAUCCUUUGAGGAGGUACAGUUCUUUAAUAGAAAUAACUACCACAGGGGGAUUGAUUGGUACAUGGAUUUCUUCCCAGUCCCGUCUAAUGUCACCACUGACUUUCUGUUUGAGAAGAGUGCUAAUUACUUCCAUUCAGAGGAUGCUCCCAAGAGGGCUGCUUCUCUAGUCCCGAAAGCCAAGAUCAUCACCAUACUCAUUGACCCGUCAGACCGAGCAUACUCCUGGUAUCAGCAUCAGCGAUCCCAUGAAGACCCCGCAGCUCUGAAAUUUAGCUUCUAUGAAGUGAUCUCUGCUGGGCCCAAUGCACCCUGGGAACUCCGAACCCUGCAGAAGAGAUGCCUGGUCCCUGGGUGGUAUGCCAGCCACAUCGAGAGAUGGCUUGUUUAUUUCCCUCCGUUUCAGUUGCUAAUCAUUGAUGGACAGCAGCUAAGAACUGCCCCUGCGACAGUGAUGGAUGAAGUCCAGAAGUUUCUAGGAGUCUCACCUCAUUAUAAUUACUCCGAAGCUUUAACGUUUGAUUCUCAUAAAGGCUUCUGGUGUCAGCUGCUGGAAGAAGGGAAAACAAAAUGCCUUGGGAAGAGUAAAGGAAGAAAAUACCCGCCAAUGGACUCUGAUAGCAGAGCGUUUCUGUCCAGCUACUACCGCGACCACAACGUGGAGCUCUCGAAGCUGCUGCACAGGCUGGGGCAGCCUUUGCCCUCAUGGCUGAGACAGGAGCUGCAGAAAGUGAGGUAGCAUGGAGAAAAGAAACAGACCUCAUCCAGAGCUCACAGACAAUGCUACCAAAAAGCCGUCAAACACAUACCUCUGCAUCACAGAAAACGAGCAAGGCUCUUCCAUGUGCUGACAUGUGGGUGAUUGUGGAGGGUCGGGCAUUAAAAAAAAGUAUCUUUAAGAAGCUUCCAGGCUUAUGGCCUUCCACUUAACCUUUAUCUGAUUUGUGUGGAACAGCAACCAACAUAAAUUUUAAAACAAAACAGAAAACAGAAACACUGAAGCAGACCUGUACCAUUUCAUAGUAAUAUUUACAAUUUUGUAUCUUGGCUACAGUUGUUAUUUCUGUAGAUUUCUGGACCACUGUUCUACUGUAAAAUGUUUUCUGACUCUAUUCUGUGAAGUAUCCUAUAAACAUCACGAUGGAGAAUUACAAGUGUAGGAAAAUGCUGCCAGCAUAGGCCAUGGUUGUGUGAGAGCAGGGAUGGGGAGCAAUCUGUGGACUUUGUCUUCAAACAGAGAAGCAAAGGAGGUGGUUCUCCUUGGACAUAGUCCAGUGAGCUCGUGCUGAUGUAGCUCUGUAUGUAUGGUAAACUUGGCAGACAGUAAACAGAAACACAUUCUGACAUCAAAAUAGUGAACGUUAAUGGAAGAGUAUUGACUAAAUCCUCUCAGAAAGAGAUCUGGUGAACAUCUAAAGAUACAUCAUACAGAUACAUAAAGAUACAUUGAGAACUCUUUGCUUUCUGCUGUAAGCUGUUGGUCUAUUUUGGCCACCUCCAGUUGCACCAAAAUGCAUGUGGAGCCUGCAGGAAGUAUUCUCUCUGAGUCAUAGUGACCUUUAAAUGUGCAGAGCAGGGACUGGAGAAAUGUCUCCACAAC